CAAGCCUCGUGCGAAAAGCAAGUUCUAGUUUUGUGUGUCCUGAGUGGAAUUUUGUGUCAAACAGUUUUGAUUUGGUCUACGCUGUAGUUCCUGUAGCGGAAUUUUCUGAGGUUUUUGGUGUGACGAGACUGUUCGGAAUAUUAUUAAAGAUGGGCGGCUUUAUUUAAUGUACUAAGCAAAAGGUCUCUCAGUUUAGGAAACGUGGUACCAUCGCACUAACGAAAGGGCGAUUACCACUUAAAGGCCUGGCACUUACGAUGCCGUUAUUAUUAGUCGAUCAAAUGAGCGCCUAUGGCGUGAAAUUCGUUUGAAAUUAUAUGAGAGCCUCGUUCAAAGAGAUUAUACUUGGCUUCCCAUGCAGUUAUCUCCAAGUCCACUAGAAUGCACAAUCUUUAGAGACCAAAAAAUAUGUGAUCAAGGGCCCCAAUAUCGUCGCUACGAGCCUGCACCUGACCGGCUUCAUUCAUCUUUAGAGGUUUCCACUGUAUGGCGCUAGCACCCAGCCAAAAUUUUUAGUUACCGAUGACGGAUAACGCUUAUCAACUGCUACUAAAAGAUUCCAUUGAAGCCGCAUUUUGCCCGUGUAAAUGAUAGGUUGUACAGUGGAUGCUUCGGAAAAAAUUGAAUUUCGCCUGAUAAUCGUUUUUUCGAUUACAUUUUCUUUAGAGUAUACAGUUACUUCGGAUUUGUAUGCAGCUGUUGAAAAUUUAUCUCUGAACCGUAUCGAGGUCAAUGUCUGGACUUCUACGACACUUUGUGUACAGUCGGCAGACACAGUCAGUUGGACUGCUGUCUUUAGAACUGGAAGUUGUAAUUGUUUGUAAUUCAGCCGCUGAGUAUAGAUCAACUAUUGAUCGCAUGCAGUUUUUUGUAAAAUCUGCAACAACAAGUAAUUCAUUGAAUAGAAAAAUUCAAAAUCCAUCAUGUCGAGGUUUGGCACUCCAGAUCGUUUUAAAGCAAGCGAUAAUUCUGUUUGGGUGGAAUAUAGACAGUUGAGUAUCGAUUAUAAACCUGUAAACCUCGGCCAAGGAUAUCCCGACUUUUGUGCUCCCAAAAAUGUUACAAAAGCACUUGCAAACGCAGCGCUCAGCCCUAAUCCUCUACUAAAUCAGUACACUAGAGCAUUUGGUCAUCCUCGUCUGGUAAAUGUGCUUGCAAAAUUAUAUUCAAAAAUUUUAGUACGAAAUUUGGACGCCGAAAAUGAAGUUCUUAUAACAUCUGGAGCAUAUGAAGCCCUAUUUGUUACUAUCCAUGGUCACACACGUCCUGAAGAUGAAUGGAUUGUAAUCGAACCGUUUUUCGAUUGUUAUGUUCCGAUGAUCUUAUCAUCGGGCGGAGUUCCUCGUUUCAUAGCUCUAAAACCAAAGAAGACAAGUGAUACCAUCACCUCGGCGGAUUGGUUAUUCGAUAAGAAGGAUAUGGAAAAAUUGUUUAAUGAAAAGACGAAAGGAAUCAUAAUUAACACACCUCACAAUCCAAUAGGGAAGGUUUUUACUCUUGAAGAACUGCAAUUUAUUGCUAAUUUAGCAAAGAGGUGGAACACUCUAGUUGUUUCCGAUGAAGUUUAUGAAUGGAUAGUUUAUGAACCCAAACGGCAUAUUAGAAUAGCAACUUUACCAGACAUGUUUGAAAGAACAAUUACUAUUGGUUCUGCUGGAAAAACUUUCAGUGUGACCGGGUGGAAAAUUGGAUGGGCUUACGGUCCAGAGAAUUUGCUCAAAAACUUGAAAAUCGUGCAUCAAAAUUCGAUCUACACCUGCGUUACACCUAUUCAAGAAGCUGUGGCCGUUGGAUUCGAAGAAGAGCUGGCUCGUUUCGGCCAACCAGACAGCUACUUUGUUUGUCUCAAAAAUGAGUUAUUAACAAAACGAGAUUUUAUGGCAAAAUUCCUCACAGAUGUGGGUAUGUCACCGACGAUUCCAGAAGGGGGUUAUUUCAUGGUGGCAAAUUGGAUAGCCUUAGAAAAUAAAGUUCGACUUGAGGAAGAGCAAGAUGCCAAUAAAGACUAUCGAUUCACUAAAUGGAUGAUAAAAAAUGUCGGUGUACUGGGAAUGCCAUCUUCUACUUUUUACUGUGAUGGCCACAAACAUUUAGGAGAGGACAAUGUACGAUAUUGUUUCAUAAAGGAUGAUGAAAAUUUGAAGAGAGCUGCUGAGAUUCUACUAAAAUGGAAAUCGCAGAAAUAAAAAAGGGUAAAAUUUCGGGCUGAGAGUGUGAAUUGUUUUUUCUACAAAGAAGCGUGAAUUGUAUUUUGUUUAUGUUUAUGUAAUAAAUGUUUAAUUUUUCAGCAGGCA